CGUUUGGAACCAUUCUGUUGAGCCGAAAAAUUGAUAUGUUCAAUCCCACGGUCGUUAAAUUGCUAAGGUGCGUUCAUCGACGAAUAUUUUGCAAAUCCUGAGAUGUCAAUGUUCUUCUUCGGGUAUUGAAAGGAAUUUCCUGGAAACAUCCCUUUUUUAACCAUCAUAUCUUUCUUUCUUUGCAGAUCCAUGUUCGUGGUGCACCUUAUUGUUCAGCAAGCCUUCAUCUUUUAUGUUCGCAUUAUGGCCAAGCGGAACAACGACAGAACUCCGGUUGAUGUAGAAAAUCCCCUGACCAGCAUGUUGUCGUCGCAGUUGGAAAAACAACAGGCAGGAGGUGACAUGGUGAAGAAUUUAGCGUCGAACUUUUUGAAGAAAGAAACAACCGUUUGUGAGUACGAUAUGGGGAAAGCUAUGAGCAUGCAGGGUGGAAUCCUCUUCAACAUGGCUUUCAUGUGGCUUCUGCACUUUAAGAUGAAUCAGGUACAGCCUCUUCUAGUGACAUCAAUCAAUGGUUUCUUGCAACUUGCAUACAAUCCGCUGUUUCAGGUAUAUAUCUUAGGGCGCAAUUUGGAACGACCUUUUAAGAAUCCAGAGGUAUUWAAGGAUCCAAGAGCCGAGGAAGGAAGUGACGAUGCCGAGACGACAAAGGAAGAAACAACCGAGACUGCCACCGAUGAKAGCRAASUUGACGACGCAGAAAACGAUGUWGAUGAAGAUAGCGAAGACGAAAUCAKUGACGACGAUGAUGAAAGCACCGACGAUGAAGAUUCUUCAGAUGAGGACGAAGAUGAGGACGAGUAAUCCAAACCUGCAACUAAAUUAUUUUCUAAUGC